UGUUCUGUUCACUUUGAAAUUAGAAAUCUGAUCUUGCAGCUUGUUUGCAACUGGAAACACUGGUAUUUGUUACAAGUAGGUUUCGAAGGUCGUAUCAUCCAAGACUGAUCACUUUCUUGCCAUUACUAUCAGCAUGUCUAAGCGUCGACAUCUUGAGGACCAGGACGAGAAGCCUGCAAAGCUACCCAAGACAUUACACGAACGUGAAACAGAUCGGAGAGUCAUCGUGGUGUUGGAGAAGGCCUCACUUGAAACUGUCAAGGUCGGCACCAAGUUUGAAUUGCUGAAUUGUGAUGAUCACAAGCCGCAGUUGAAGAAGCUCGGCAGAGAGCCCGGAGAAGCGCGUCCAGACAUCACACAUCAGUGCCUGAUGAUGCUACUUGACAGCCCGCUGAACAGAGCUGGCCGAUUGCAGGUAUACAUCCACACGACCCGCAAUGUUCUCAUUGAAAUCAAUCCGCACACAAGAUUGCCGCGAACGUUCAGUCGAUUCUGUGGACUUAUGGUACAACUGCUGCACAAGCUGUCCAUUCAUGCUUCUGAUGGACCACACAAGCUGCUCAAGGUUAUCAAAAAUCCAGUCACAGAUCACCUGCCGACGAAAUGUCCCCGAAUCUUGAUGUCUUUUGCUGCGGACGAGUGUGUACAUCCACACCACAUGGUGCCGGCCGACUCGCCCGUGGUGUUCGUGAUUGGUGCUAUGGCUCACGGAAAGGUCGAAAUUGAUUAUGCGACGCGAGAGGCCAGUGUCAGUGAGUACCCAUUGUCGGCUGCUAUUGCUUGUACGAAGGUCUGCUGCGCGGCCGAGCUCAAGUGGGGCAUCCUCUAAAGGAAGAAGGAAGCAGCAAACAACCCGCUUUACGAGAUGGUCAGUGGGACCCGCGUGAUGCAGUGUAGUCACAUGUAUCUUAUACAUAGCUGUACAUAUGUGUAAAUAUGAUGUAAGACAAGGUGUAACGUUAGACGCUGCUUGGAUUGUUAUCUUGCUUCCCCUCUGUGGCUAAAACCUUACCACUGUACAUACUGUAGCCAGGAUUGGAUUGCAUACCGUGUUUUACAUAUUAUUAUUUUUUUGUGCUCUACUGCUGGCAACACUUUUCAGAGCUGUGCUAUAACUUGGUGAUGACUUGAACAUUCUUUCAA